GUCUCAUCAUAUUCUUCUCUCCUCUCUUUAUUAAUCAAACUGAAAAUAGUCCUACUGCCGGAGUGAAAAAAAAUGCUUUCUUCCAAAAUCGCUAACCCUAGCUGCGAUUCCUUCCCUCCUCUGAGAAGAGCUUCGUCGCCUUCUCGCGCCGCUUCAAUGGCGUUGUCCACGUCGCCUUCUCUACGAAUCAACUCUCUUUGCAGGCCUCGUGCUUUCGGAAUCUCCAUCACGUCGACUCGGACUGGUCUUCUUAGUCCGAUAGGUCUUGGUGACAGUUUUCGUUUACUUGAUAGGCGGAUUUCGUUUGAUCGUUCGAUUGUGGCUUUUGCAGCUUCGCAUGAGGAAUCCCCUGCAUUUCCGACUAAGAGGAAUGGAGUGGAGGAUGGUGUCGUUCUUGCAUAUCCGAUGAAGAGGAGUGGAGAGGAUGGUGUUGUUGAAUUAGUUCAAUUUCAGGUUUUGUUUGACAUGGACGUAGCAUUUAGUGAGGGUUUCACUGUGUUCUGGAUGCAAUCUAAUUCUGUUGUGAUAUGCAGCAUUAAGCAUUCAGAAAUUGAGGUAGAGAAGGAAAAAGAAGAUCUUGACUUCCAAGCUGAAGAAUCUGAAGAAGCAUGGAAACAGACUCUAGCUUCCUUUAAAGAGCAGGCAUUAAAGAUGCGAAGCAUGUCUCAAGAAGCAUAUGAGAUAUACUCUAAGAGAGCAAUGAUCAUUUUGAAAGAAACUUCGGAACAGCUAAAAAUUCAAGCGGAAAAGGCCAGAAAUGAUUUGACUGAAGCAGCGAGAGAAAUCAGCGAAGA